AUACUGGAGCGCCAUUUUGUCGGCCCAAAAUAGUUCGCGACGUUGCUCUUAUCACAUAUAUCACGAGCAUCCAUACGAUUUUGAGCAGCAAUAGUAAUAUACGGUGCUUUUUUUAUAGCAACAAGAGGUAGAACUGAUGAAGUCGAGGUUGCUGCGGCAAUUAGUUGCGAAAUAUUUUUAUUCUUUGUCUGAUAACCGGCAGAGUGCCAGUUGAUAAGACAAAAGACGGAAAUUUAGUAAAGUUGCCAAAAUUUCAAAUAAAAUUCAAAUGUUUCUUAGCCAUACCCUCCGCGCGUGUAAGUGGAACAUUAAAAAUAAACAUUACAAAAAUGUUGGAUAAUGUCCGACAACUUGGUCCCGUAUAAUUAAUUAGUAAUUACACGAAUAAGCAGCAUUGCAAAAACAGCUCGGCGACAAUCGAUUGAUUUCUCGCCAGUGCGGCGGUUGGGCAAGAUUUGCCACAACAAAAUGUUUGUUUAACGUGCGCGCUGGUAGAUACCAAAUCUCUGAACGACAUGCAGGGAUUUCAAAUUAGGAAGUUAACAAAUAUCGGGGAUUGUUUAAUGUAUUAUCACAAAUACUCAUAAUUGAAAUGUUAUCUUUUUAUUAAAAUAUGUUUUUGUAAAAUUGAGUCGUCAUGCUUCGUUUGCCGAAAUUUUGAUCGGCAUCGAAUAUUCUCGACUUGAUUGAUUGAUUCUAGUAUUAUUUGCUUAGUCAUCACUAAAGUGAUACGUAUAUAUAUGAAUAAACUUUAACGCGACUCGCGAGAUACCAUAAGCAGCUUAUACGAAAGACGUCCGGGACUCGUUGAACGAUACGAGUUAUUUACAUUAUAUUUUGCACUUAUUUCUGUACCUACAAAAUGAAGAUUUCAAAGAUAAUUUUGAGGAAGCAAUUUGAUGGAUUCCCAAAGGAAUCCGAUUUCGAGCUAGUUGAAGAAGAUCUUGGAGACGAUCUCAAAGAUGACGAAUUCUUUUUUGAAGCUUUGUACAUCAGUUGCGAUCCAUACAUUAGGAUACUUGCACCUUCCUACAAAGAAGGAGAAACUGUCAUCCCGGGUUACCAGCUUUCAAGGGUCACAAAAAGUAAUAACUCAAAGUAUCCAGUCGGCUCAAUAUUGGUAACUGGGGCAGGUUGGAGAACGGGUGGAAAGUCUAGCGGAGUUGGACCUGAAGGAGUUUGGUACGAACGAAAUGAUUUGCCAAAAAAUGUGCCCCAAUCAGCUGGGGUUGGAAUAUUUGCUAUGACUGGGCUAACAGCCUGCUAUGGUGUAGAAUACGUUCUCAAACCAAAGAAAGGUGAAACUCUCUUUGUUAGUGCGUCUGCAGGGGCUGUUGGAAAUAUUGCAGGCCAGAUUGGGAAGAUUUUGGGUUGUCGUGUGGUUGGGUCUUGUGGUUCUGAUGAAAAGAUCAAGUAUGUCAAGUCGAUUGGAUUUGAUGAUGCUUUCAAUUACAAAACAGAAUCUGUCGAAGAAGGAUUGAAAAGAGUUGCACCGGAAGGAGUUGAUUUGUAUUUUGACAAUGUUGGUGGUGACUUUGCAAGUGCAGUCUUGAAACAAAUGAAUAGAAAAGGAAGAAUAGCAGUAUGUGGAAUGUUAUCUUCAUACAAUGAAAAAGAACCAAGAGCUCACGUUAUACAACAAACUAUGUUCAUGAAGUCUUUGCUAAUGCAGGGAUUCAACAUAUUUGCUGAUAUUCCUCCAUAUAAUGAAGAAAUUUAUAAAAAACUGAAAAAGUGGGCUGAAGAGGGUAAACUCAAACAGUAUGAAUCGAUCAGUGAAGGAUUCAAGAAUCUGCCAUCCACUUUUAUUGGAAUGCUUUGCGGAAAGAACUUGGGGAAAACAAUAGUGAAACUAUGAAGUUUACUUAACCAAGGAAAUAUGUUUUGAGAAAUAUCAUGGCUUUUUCUUUUGGCUUUAUCCAAUUCAUUAUUCGAUCGCCAAAACUUAAUUUUCUUUUUGUUAUUUUGUAGCUUCUAGUGAAAAAUUGUGAUUUUGCAUUUUACAAUAUUGUUCACAUUCGUUUGACUAUAUUUUUUAAUCAAAGACUUCCAGGAUAAGCGGAGCAAAAUGUUAAUGAUUUUUUAAAUGUUCAAUAUAGCUGAUCUAUCGCAGUUUUAUAAAUACUCUGAUGAAAUAUAGGAUAGCAUUUACAUCCGUUCGAUUUCAGAUAAAA